AGCGCGCAGGCCGGAGGAGUCCGCGGAGUGCGCCGCGCCCCUGCCCGCCCGGUCCGUGAGUCCGCUGUCGCCGAGCUGGCGGGGACGGUGCCCCGGGCGGCGGGCCGAGGCGGCGCGCGGCGGCGAGGGCGAUGCGGCCCGCCCGUCGCCUGAGCGCCCCCGAUGGCCCGGGGCCCGGCGGCCUGCGAAAGCGACACGCGCCUGCCGCUGGGCCGGGACGCCGUGCGGCCGGCGCCCGCGCUGCUGGCCCCCGCCGUACUGCUGGGCGCCGCGCUCGGCCUCGGCCUCGGCCUCUGGCUCGGCUGCCGCACCUCCCGGUCGCGCCUGCGGCAUCAGAAAGACGACGCUCAGAGUCUGCUCAAGAAUUUAGAGUCAAAUGUCCAGGACCCCUCGGAAACUGGCUCCCCAUCAAGGAGGAGGAGGAGGGAAGCCCAGACGUCAAAAGAGGAGCCUGUGGAUGAAUGUGAGUCGGCUUUCAACAGCAACAUCACAGCAUUUGCCCUGAAGGCCAAAGUCAUCUAUCCCAUCAAUCAGAAGUUCCGGCCACUGGCCGAUGGUUCCUCCAACCCUUCUCUGCACGAAAACUUAAAACAGGCUAUCUUGCCAAACCAGCCAGUGGAGGCUUCCCCCUCCAGCAGCCUGGGAAGCCUGAGCCAGGCUGAGAAGGAGGACUGCAGCUCCUCGUCCAGCAUCCACUCAACCACCAGCUAUGACAGGUUCCUGAGCCGCACCUUUGUCCGGGCCAACAGCUUCCCUGAGGCCCUGAUCUGUGAGAGUGUGGAUCUUGACCUGUGUAUCUAUAACCUUCACCUAAAAGAUCUGCUGCAUCUGGACAAGGCUCUGAGGCGGGAGAAGCACAUGAUGUUUAUUCAGAUUUUAAAAAUGUGCCUCCUUGAUCUUCUGCCUAAAAAGAAGUCUGAUGAUGAAUUAUACCAGAGGAUUCUUUCAAAGCAAGAAAAUGACUUGGAGGAAUUAGAAAAAGGACUUCAGGUCAAACUGUCAAACACGGAAAUGUUGGGGGCUGGUGAUUCUGAGUACAUCACUCUGGCAGAUGUGGAAAAGAAGGAGCGAGAAUAUGCUGAGCAGCUAAUAGAUAAUAUGGAAGCUUUCUGGAAACAGAUGGAAAACAUCCAGCACUUUCUUAUGGACCAAUUUAAGUGUUCGAGCUCCAAAGCCCGACAGCUCAUGAUGACGCUCACGGAAAGAAUGAUUGCAGCCGAAGGGUUAUUGCGUGAUUCUCAGGAUUUGCAGGCUCUGGACACCCUGGAGAGAACCAUGUGCCGGGCGCACAUGGCAAAGAUGAUCGAGUCUCUGAAACUCCAAAUCCAGGAGGAGACCAAAUGCCGACUGGCCGCCCUCUCCCACGGCCUGGAGCUGCUGACCAUCGAGGGGAAGCUCUCUGGGAGGCAGAAGGAGGAGCUGCUCACCCAGCAGCACAAGGCCUUCUGGGGGGAGGCGGAGCGUUUCAGCAGGGAUUUUGCCCAGCGAGGCAAAGGCCUGGUUAAGGCGUCAAUGGCUCGCCAAGCAGAGGAGAUGGCCAAGCUCACACUGGCCCAAGAAGAGGAAGAAAGGAGCUUCCUGGCUGAGGCUCAGCUGACCAUGGCCCCGGGAGAGUUCCUCCAGGCUUUUCACGGGGUUCUGGAGAGGCAGAGGUUGACCCAGAGUUCCCUGGAGGAAGAGGAGGACGUCAGAACUACUGAAGCCAUGGCUGUGCUCUGCCAGGAGCUGUACCGCAGCACCAUGGAAAUUUUCCAGAAGUUUGUGGACCUCCUUUUCCUCGAGACGCUGCCAGGGGUGACGGGCCUCUCCCGGGCAGAGUGUGAGUACUUGAGGCAGGAGGUCCAGGAGAACGCAGCUCGGCAGCUGGGGCAGUCAGAUCGCUUCCGGAAGCAGCAGUGGGAACUCUUCCAAGAUCUCCUGGAGCAAGACAAGCAGGUGUGGAUGGAGGAGCAUACCCUGUCCUCUGUGCUGCAGAUGCACCUGCAAGAUGACCAUGAGGGCAUCGUCCACCAGGUCUUGGGCCGACUCGGUGGCCUCAGUGAAGAGUCCACAUGGUGCAUCCUGCAGGGACAUGACCUUCUGCUGCGCUCUGCCCUCCGGAGGCUGGCUCUCCGGGGAAGCGCCAUCACCACGCUGACCCACAUGAGACUUUCCGGGAAAAAGAGCCUUCUCCAGGAGUUGCGUGAGCAGCAUGCCCUGGAGCAGGGCUCCUCCCAGUGUCUGGAUGAACAUCAGUGGCAGCUACUCAGAGCCUUGGAGGCGCGGGUCGUGGAGGAGGCCAGCAGGCUGGAGGAGGAGGGACAGCAGAUCCGGCUGCAGCUCCAGCAGCAGCUCCUGGCCGAGGCCCAGGAAGUCGGGCGGCUCCUGCAGCAGCAUACAGAGCAAGCUAUCGGGCAGGCGCUACUGGGGCAUGCUCGGAACGCAGCCACCAAGAGUCGGGCCAAGGACAGGGAUGACUUUCAGAGGACACUGACAGAGGCAGCCGUGGAGAGCGUUUACGUGACCAGCACUGGGGUCGACCGGCUCGUGCAAGCCUAUUACCAGCAGAUCAGGAAGGUCAUGGAGGACCAUGAGGAGAGGAGACUCCAGCAUCUGGAGACCCUGCAAGGUGAGAGAAUGGAGAAUUACAAGCUGCGGACAAAGCAAGGACCCGGGGAGCCUUCCUCAGGGACCCCAGUGGCGGGUGGAGCUGGCAAAGCCUGCAAGGCGGUCCAUCAGAGAAUGGAGGAGCAGCGGAAAACGUUUCUGGCCCAGUUCACCGUGCACCACCGGGUUCGCCUGGAUGCUUGGAAGCAGAAGGCAAGGGCUGUGGAUCAUCUGGAAGCCCAGCUCGAGGCCCAGCUGCAGGAAGCUGAGCAGAACUUCAUCUCUGAGCUGGCGGCCUUGGCCCGGGUGCCCCUUCCCCAAAGUAGACUGUCGCCAAGUAAGCGUGGACUGUCAGAGAAGCCUGUAAGGACGAGAAAGAAGAAGCCCCCACCCCGGGAGAAAGGGGACCCAGGGGGGCCCACUGACAAUGAUCCUGUCUUGGGGAGCCACCCCUCGGGAUCGCUCAGCAGCAAAAGGCUGAACCAGCAAGAAAAUGAAGCUGGUGAUGGCCAGAGCCCCAAGAGACUGCUGAGGGAAAGAAGCAACUUGUAGUUGGCGGCGGUAAGGGCUAAAGCCGAGAAGCCGGCCUGGACACUAUUGCCAGCCCCACCCGGGUGAGGCAGUGAGGGCCACUGGGGGAACGGGGUCCCCCUCUGCCUCCCAGGAUCGCUGCGAGGGGGCUGGACAGACUGAUGGACAGCGCCUGACAAGACCUUCAUGACCAGGGCGGACCCUCCUGCCUGUGGAAUUAGAAACCAAUGUGGGACACCUGUCUGCCGUUUUCUCUCUCUCUGGCUUAGAGAUGUGGCUUCCUUCCUCAGGGACCUCUUCCUCCUUCACUGUCUGAACCCCCCCCCAUGGUGUCCUGCUGUCCUCCGAGCCCACCCACCCAGUGUGAGGCAGCCUUACUCCAGCCCCAGGGUGCCCCUGCUCCCCAGGUGCUCCCAGAUGUUCUGCUGGGUGUGCAGGGGUCUCUGGGAGGGCUGGGGUCAUCUGGCCAGAUGCCUUUUCUCCACCAUUUCUGUCACCUCGUUCUGUCUGUUCCAUGAGAUGUGUCCUAUGCGCCAUGUCCCACACACCUGGCUACAGUGUUCUUAUCUGGACCCAUCCUGGUUUGGGUCAGCUAAUAGCUAAUGCCAGUCACUUUGGGGGUAAGUCUCAGGGUCCCAGAACCCUGACAGAGACUGUAGAAUCCCUGGCCUGUGGACCUAUGCCACCAGCCCUGGGGAACCGAGGCCCCACAGAUACAUCCUGACGCCUGUGCGGGUCUUCUGGGGGCAGCCCCACUCAGCCCUUGUACAUUCCCGGGGAGAAAGGAGACCCCAUUUCCGUGGUGGUUUCUGCUGCUCCCAGAGCUUCCAGACCAGCCCUAUUGAAACAACUGCCAGGUGAGGCCUUUCCCACCCGGAAAGAAAAUCACUCUUUUCAUUGAAAUCAGGGAUUCUCAACCUUGGCACUCUGGACAUUUUGGGUAAGAUAAUUCUUCGUUUGGGGGUAGGGGCUGUUCUGUACGUAGUGGGAUAAUUUGCGGCAUCCCUGGCCCCCCAGAUUCCAGCACUGCCCAGUCGUGGGAUCCAGACAUGUCUCCAGGGACAUGGCCAGAUGUUCCCUGGGAGGCAUCACCCCUGACCUGAGUCAAAGUGUGCCACCACCUGGGAAGUCCGGACAGAGUGGGCCCUGCGAGCCCCUGUCCUGGCGAUCUCCUGGGCCAUUUGUGGCCUGACUUUUUAUUUCUUAAAAUCUCAGUUAAACUCUCUCAGUCAGGAAAGAGUGGCUCUGGGACGGAAGCCAUCCGCUGUGCUUACCUGGCUUGUUAAGGAUGCUUCCCAUCAGAGCAUCGGGGCCCAGUGGGUCUGCCCACAGGCUCCCUCUUGUGGCUGAAUAAAGCAUUUCAUUAUUCUGCCGA